GCUGUCACUGAACGCACCACACGAAUCACCCCCGUCUGGAUUCUUCACGCUGCGUCUCCGCGGCCAUGGUAACAGUCUUCUGCCGACACCGAAACACUCCGACACGGCCUUGACGUGCAGAUUAAUAUCAACAUGAAUUUGGCUACGAUCUGUGACAACGCCAAAAAGGGCCGUGAGUAUGCUCUGCUGGGAAACUACGACUCAUCAGUGGUGUAUUACCAGGGUGUUAUUCAUCAGAUUCAGAAGCACUGCCAGACCAUCCGAGACCCCGCUCUCAAAGUCAAGUGGCAGCAGGUGAUCCAGCAGCUGACCGAGGAGUACGAGCAGGUCAAAGGGAUCAUCAGAACGUUAGACAGCUUUAGGUUAGAGAAGCCGGGCGACGUCCCCACUCAGCAGCCGGAUGAACGGUCGGACGACCCCGCCGUCUGGCCGCCGCCCACUCCUGCAGAACACAGGAAUCCUGUGGCUGGGAAACGACCAAUAACUGCAGUCAAGCAGCAGCAGCAGCAGCAGCAGCAUCCAAAGAGGGAAUCUCCUGGAAUGCAGCAUCGAGGAGGCCGAGCUCCGGGACCCAAAUCUGACAGGCCAAAGGAUCCACGUGGCAAGGCCAAAGAUGAUAAGGCAAAGAAAUCGGUUGGAGAUGCACCAGGAGAGGUGGAGCAGAAGAAGUUUGAUGGAACAGGAUACGACGGUGAUCUGGUGGACUUACUGGAGAAAGACAUUGUGUCCCGUAAUCCAAACGUGCACUGGGACGAUAUUGCUGACCUGGAGGACGCAAAGAAGCUGCUGAGAGAAGCUGUGGUGCUGCCCAUGUGGAUGCCGGAGUAUUUCAAGGGCAUCCGUCGACCCUGGAGGGGUGUGUUGAUGGUGGGUCCCCCAGGCACAGGGAAGACCAUGCUAGCUAAAGCUGUGGCCACUGAAUGUGGGACUACUUUCUUCAACGUGUCCUCCUCCACUCUCAGCUCCAAGUACAGGGGCGAGUCUGAGAAACUCGUCCGACUGCUGUUUGAAAUGGCUAGGUUUUAUGCGCCCACCACCAUCUUCAUCGACGAGAUCGACUCCAUAUGUAGCAGAAGAGGGACGUCUGACGAGCACGAGGCCAGUCGAAGAGUCAAAUCGGAGCUGCUGGUCCAGAUGGAUGGCGUGGGAGGAGCACAGGAGAAUGAAGAUCCUUCAAAGAUGGUGAUGGUUCUUGCUGCCACCAACUUCCCCUGGGACAUUGAUGAAGCUCUGCGACGGCGUCUGGAGAAGAGGAUCUACAUCCCCCUGCCAACAGCUGUGGGUCGGCGAGAGCUUCUGAAGAUCAACCUGAGGGAGGUGGAGGUGGCUGAUGACGUGGAUCUAGACCUCAUUGCGGAGAAGAUCGAGGGCUACUCCGGAGCUGAUAUCACCAACGUCUGCAGAGACGCUGCCAUGAUGGCGAUGCGUCGUCGUAUCCAGGGCCUGAGCCCAGAGGAGAUCCGAGCUCUGUCUAAAGAUGAACUCCAAAUGCCCGUGACCAUGGAGGACUUCACGCUGACGCUCAAAAAGAUCUCAAAAUCUGUCUCUGCUUCGGACUUGGAGAAAUAUGAAGCUUGGAUGGUGGAGUUUGGAUCUGUGUAGAAUCUGAGGCUGGUCUAUGCAAUAGGUACUGUAGGAACACUCAGGUAGGGUCUCAUCCUAAAGAGCUACUGAUUUAUAUUUCUCAGCCAUGACAGAGAUGAACGUCAUGAUUUCAGGCACCACAGCUGUGAGCUGGUGGUAAGAUUGUGAAUCUACCAGCGCAGAACAAGUGUCUCCGUCAGAGCUGUCUGUUAAGAGAACAUUGUCUCAUACAACCUCUAGUACUGUCGACUAUCAUUACUUACAACACUGUAAACGUUGGUCCAAACAAACCUUUCUAGUUUGUACUGUUAAUGUUUUGACUCAUUUGUUUGACAUUUCACAUUUCCUGUUAAUAGAUGGGAAACCAAGAAGUUACGUUUUGCUAGCACUGUUUCCAGUCAGACUGUUUUUGAUCAGUUACCAAGUUGCAUCAAAAUACAUUUAUAUUUUGGGUUUACUUGAACACACUUGCUUGAAUCGUGUAGAAUAUUAUCAAGAAAGGCACUGAGACACACCUCUGCCAACCAGCUUAGUUCCAUCUACAAUCGUUUUUUUCAUUAAACCCAAUAUCAUUGUCGGUAUUUUAUCUAUGUAAACGUCAACAGAAGCCGGAGUGCAAUGAGCUCAAACGGACAGCAGAUGGCAGUAGCGCUACUGAGUUGCGGUUACACACCGAAACCCAAAGAAGAGCAUUCAGCGCAAGAAAAAGAAAACCCAUGUAUUGUUGGUAAAUCCACAUUUUGUCACGACAGUCACAUGAUUGAUUUAUGACGGCUAUACGAUUGUAUGUUGCGUUUUCUAAAAUCAAAAUGUCCGUUUUGUGUGUGUUGGGACUGGGGCCGGUCACGUGACCGGAUGUGUUGCUCGGCCCAUUAAAAAUAAAAUUGAGAACGUUCGUAAAUCCAAAUGAGUAUUAAAGAACAUUAAUUCUCAUCUUACUUUUAUUGAAAUGCGUUAAAAUAUUUUUUUCUGUUAUUUUCCAAUGCACAACAUCCACGCCCACCUUUUCUUAGUAUUUAGAAUUUUAUGUUCAACAAUUUAAUCGUUUUCAUUUUACCACUGAAUUAUCGAUGCGAGCAACUCGUGAGGAAUGACUGAAUAACCCUGACACUCGAACAGAACUUGACCAUCCAGCCACGUCUACUUCACACUGAAAACUGUGUAUUUGUUUCCGCUGUCAUGUUUCAUAUCUAUUGAACUCUAGUCCACACACUGGUUCCCAUGAUCUUCUCUAUUAAACUGCUCCGUUACAUUUCAGCCUAAUGGUCCUUCCUUCGCUUUUAUGUGCUGCUUAAUUUUUAUGUCUGUUUAAUUAGCCAUGUGCCGAGUUAAUGUGGCAACCGAUGGCGGAGUGGAGAGCCUGUCCUCAG